AGCCACACUCGGUCAGUCGGGUCAGGCUUCAGCCCCGUCUCCGGCCCACCCCUCCCCAGUAUCGGGGAGCUUGAGCACCCACACAGACUGACCCUUCGUGCCUCUCACCUUUCCCGACGUCCCACCCCGAGGAAACGAGCGCAACUUGAGGUGACCCCACUAAACUCACACACACCUSCCCCGCCCUCUGAGGGGCCUUCAGGACAGAGGGCAGCCAUGUCGCAGUUCUCCACCAUGACAACCCGGGAAAAGAAAAUGCAGGCAGCAGCAAUCUGCAGAGAAAUUCAUGGCCCCGAAGAUGUACAGAUGGAUCUUGGGAAAAAAGUCAGCGUUCCUAAAGACAUCAUGUUCGAGGAGCUGUCUUUUGCUUCCAACAGGGGCUCCCGGCUCUUCAAAAUGCGCCAGAGACGCUCUGAAAAAUACACUUUUGAGAACAUCCAGAAUGAAACCAACCAGCAGCUCAAUAACAGAGUGGUUUUCCACACUGAGGACGAGGACCCCGCGGGUGGACACACAAGCAACAAUAACUUGAGUGUCGACCAGCCGUGCAAAUUGACAUUGAAUACACCAGACACAAAAAUGGAGCCAAAUCCAGACAGUAUUGCUCCGGGAUAUGGAGGUCCUUUGAAAGAUAUCCCAGCAGAACGGUUCAACARUACAGCUGUGCCAAAGUCAUACCACUCACCCUGGGAGCAGGCCAUCAUCAAUGACCCGGCCCUGGCUGACACGCUCGUCCCCCGCAUGCCUGAGCUGGAGCCCCGAACAAACCUACCAGGAUAUAAAAGCUUCAACAGGGUGGCAACGCCUUUUGGUGGUUUCAGCAAGGCACAGAGGCCGAUACCUGUCACGCCACUUCAGGGGGAAACCACCCCGGAGACCCUGCUGCUCCAGGAGGAUUGCUCUGUAAAUCGUCCCUCCUUCAAUCGAGCAGCUCUGGGAUGGGUUUCGACUGGCGGUCCGGUCCCACUUACAACUGCUUCACUCGAGACGGUGGUUAUCCCUGAGUCAGAAGAGCUUUGAACCCAUGAGGAAUGGGUGCUGCACCGAAGGUUAUUAUGGGUUGAGUACAGCAGAGAAAGAAGCUGAAGAAGAAGCACCAUGUUGUAUGUUGUUAUUUCGGAUUAGCAAAAGUAAUAUAUAACAUUGUACAGUAAAACAAGUACUGGAACAGCGAAAAACAUUUAUUUAUGUCCAUGUUACCUUGAAGUGCAAAGUUUUUGCUCAAUAAAGUGCUUCAGAUUGCAACAAAA